AUGGCUCAGUCGUGCCCUGAGUGCGGCUCCUCCAAUAUCAUCGAUGAUUUGCACCACUCGCAGGCCCAGCUGGUGCGUGUGGACUGCGGCUCCGUGGUGAGUGAGGGACUGCUCACAAGCACGCUGUCCGAGGAGCAGUAUCACAUGACCAGUCGCAGCAAUCCGAGUGAAACAGACAAGGAGCCCUGCCGCAACCAGAUCAGAGGUCUGCAGUGAGUCAGCACUCCGUGUCACAUCCUGAGGUUUCCCCCGGGGGUGGAGGACUCCUCUCGGAGCCUGUUCGAGCGUGCUUACUGCCACCCUACCUUUCUGCGUGUGUCCCUGCAGCGCAAGGAGGUUCUGGCGGGCCGCUGCGUGUUGCUGGUGGGCCGGCAGUACAGCCGGCCUGUCACUAUGGGAACCAUUAGCUAGCUGCUGCAGGCGGACCCAGGACUGAUGGGGGGAGUCUACUUUGAGCUUGUGGAGAAGCUGGGAGUGGAGGCCCCGCCCACCACAAUUACGCAGCUCGUCAGUAGCCACUGCAGCAGUUUCCAGCUCUCCCCAGCCGCUGUCCCGGAACUGUUCAGCGAAUGCUUUUCCAUGUUGGUGGACCGUGCUUCCAAGCUGGUUGAACUGGCCGGAGAGGCCUGGAUAGUGACAGGCUGGCACCCAGUCCCGAUCCUGACCGCUGCAGUCUACCUGUCCAGGCUCUCUCUCCGGCCAGUGGCAGCUCGCCUCUCCACCUCCCUCUCUAGAUUUUGUAAGCUGGCCGGAGUCCCCCUGCCCCUUCCGGCCCACAAGUGCCUGACGGAGCUCCAGGAUGCCCUCUGCAAGCUGGGCAAGGAACUGCCGUGGCUGCGUGGGGCCAAACUUGAUCGCAAAGUGGUGGCCAAGAACGCCGGGGAUAUCCUGAAACACAGGGAUGUGUUACUGAGGAGAGCAUUGGAGAGUCAGGGAGGAGAGGAGGUGGAGGACAGUGAGCAAGCCACACGGCACACUUUAUGUACUGCUGAGCAAUUGGCUUGUGUGACUGCGCAGAGUGGAGCAUCUUUGCCACCGGUGGGCACUGUGACACAGUGUGCUGGCUGUGAGGAUAAAAAGCUGGAGGGGGCUGCUGCUGCUGCACUGAACACUGGAGGGAAUGAAGAAGGAGGUCCUGCACAGGGAUCUCUGUCUUCACCAGCAGGGGGCAGCUUGGUGCAUCAAACCCCCAAAGAGGAGGCAGGGGGCGAGGAGGGAGACAGGGGCAGGGAGGUGACUGGGGACGAGGAGAUUUCAGACAGUGAAAUAGAGCAGUAUCUCCGCACCUCUGAUGAGAUGAGGCAGUUUGCUGAAACGCAGAGCGGACUUGCUGAGCAUUGCCCAGACUGUGCCAUUGCAAAUGGAAUAUUACUACACCGAUUCAUUGCAGGGAGGUCCAAGGAAGCGGUAUAA